AUGCGUUUCGUCAACCAGAUGCAUUUUAGCCUCUUUUCCCCCUCUGUUUCUGAUGCGCCGCUGCACUUCCUCUCUUCCCUCACAGCAUUCCUGAGCAACACACAAGCAGUAGCAGUAGCAGCAGCAGUAGCAGCAGCAGUAGCAGCAGCAGCAGCAGCAGCAGCAGCAGCAGCAGCAGCAGCAGCAGCAGCAGCAGCAGCAGCAGCAGCAGCAGCAGCAGCAGCAGCAGCAGCAGCAGCAGCAGCAGCAGCAGCAGCAGCAGCAGCAGCAGCAGCAGCAGCAGCAGCAGCAGCAGCAGCAGCAGCAGCAGCAGCAGCAGCAGCAGCAGCAGCAGCAGCAGCAGUGUUCGCCGCGUGUUGGGUGGCACAUGGCAGGAGCAGGAGGCAGGAGAGGAGAACGAGGCGCACAGAGGGAGAAAAUUGGAAAGAGGGUGAGGAGAAGCUGCAAGGUGUCAUCUCAGGCAUCAAGAGGCGAUGGGUGCUGCCCAAGACUGGCGGAUUCGAGUGGCGCUUCUACCCGUGUGCAGCCAAUGAGCCGAAGCGGCCAUCAGGGUGGGUGGCACAGCUGGUGCGGAAAGGCAUUCAGGAGGUCAACAUCGUGGGAGACUCGCACCAGCGCGUGCUGUCAUUUCACCUGAGAUACCUCCUGUCAGGGUUUGCAGACGAGCGCAUGGUGCGGUCGCACGAGGACAUGAACUUCACGGUCACGGACGAGCGCACAGGCAAGGAGCUGCGAAUCAACUUCUACUGGGUGGACGGCAUCUACAGGAACCGCGAAUACGGCUGCGUGUUGAGAGGGCAGUACACGCACAACUACCACACCUUCCCCAACAUCUCCACUACAGCCAAUGUGACGGUGAUAGAGGGCGGCUACUGGGCGGGCAAGUGGUGUGCCGAGCCGCUGCAAGCCCUCCGCGCCCGCCUCCCUGAGUUCUUCAUCUGGGCACUCCUCGCCGCCCGGGACAACCGCGCCCGCGUCGUCUUCCGAACGCCACCGCCCGUCCCAAACGCCGGCUCGCAUUGCUCGGACUAUGCGAUCAAGAGGAAUUUUGCCGGGCCUGCGACGAACCUGUAUCUCGCUGCAGCCAAUCGGCACGCGCGCCAGCUGGCGGCGUCGGUGACGAGAGGCGCUGAGAUGGCGGUGUUUGAUUCGUGGGCCGUGGAGGCGCCGCGGUAUGGUGACACGUGUCCCGGGGAUCAUCAUUACUCGUGUUUUGUGGGCGGGCAGAAACGGGCGAAGCCUGUUGUGAGGGGGGCGGUGGGAGAUGCUGUGGCGAGGACUUUCCUGCAUUUCUUGCUGCACUCGCUGCAUAUGGAGGAUAGCAGCACAGCAGAAGAGCAAAAAACACCCUGA